CAUACCUGAAGAAGACACAGCUGUGCUCUCAAUCCGACCCCGAUCGACGAUCAACCUCCAGGCUGUCACCAUGAUCUCCGGAAUCCUGGUCUUCAACCAGAAAGGCGAGAACCUGAUCUUCCGCGCCUUUCGCAACGACUGUCGUCCACGCCUUGCAGAUAUCUUCCGCAUCCAAGUCAUCUCGAAUCCGCAGGUACGAUCGCCCAUCUUGACUCUUGGAUCGACAACAUUUAGCCAUGUCAAACACGAGAAUAUCUACCUGGUCGUGAUCACCAAAAGCAAUGCCAAUGCGGCCCUCGUCUUCGAGUUUCUGUAUCGGCUGAUACUGCUGGGAAAGGGGUAUUUUGGCAAGUUUGACGAGGAGGCUGUUAAGAAUAACUUUGUGUUAGUUUAUGAGCUGUUGGAUGAAAUUCUCGACUUUGGCUAUCCGCAAAACACAGAAACCGAUACCCUCAAAAUGUACAUUACCACCGAAGGCGUCAAAUCAGCAAUUGCGAAUUCACCCUCCGACUCAAGCAGAAUUACCAUGCAAGCAACGGGCGCGCUCUCGUGGCGACGGGCAGAUGUCAAAUACAGGAAGAACGAAGCCUUUGUAGACGUUAUCGAGGACGUGAACCUACUCAUGUCCGCCACCGGGACGGUGCUGCGGGCGGAUGUCAACGGACAGAUUAUCAUGCGAGCAUACCUUUCGGGGACCCCCGAAUGCAAAUUCGGAUUGAACGACCGAUUACUUUUAGACGGAGACGAGUCGGGUCCGUCAGGAAACCGGGAUGGCCGGACAAGAGCCACCCGUGCAGCAGCCGGAUCGGUCACGUUAGAAGACUGCCAAUUCCACCAGUGUGUCAAGCUAGGCCGGUUCGACGCCGACCGCACCAUCUCGUUUGUGCCCCCAGACGGCGAAUUCGAGCUCAUGCGGUACCGGGCGACCGAAAACGUCAACCUGCCAUUCAAGGUGCAUCCGAUUGUGCGCGAAAUCGGUACGACCAAAGUUGAAUACAGCGUCGCGAUCAAGGCCAACUACGGGCCGAAGCUGUUUGCUACUAAUGUGGUAGUGCGCAUCCCCACGCCGCUCAACACGGCCAAGAUCACGGAGCGCACGACGCAGGGGAAGGCAAAGUAUGAGCCGGAACAUAACAACAUUGUAUGGAAGAUUGCACGGUUCACGGGACAGAGCGAGUACGUGCUCACAGCAGAGGCGACCCUUACCAGCAUGACGCAUCAAAAGGCAUGGAGUCGGCCGCCGCUGAGCUUGUCGUUUAAUCUGUUGAUGUUUACGAGCAGCGGGCUGCUUGUGAGGUAUUUGAAGGUGUUUGAGAAGAACAAUUACAGUAGUGUCAAGUGGGUGCGAUAUAUGACUCGGGCGGGGAGUUAUGAGAUCAGGUUCUGAUCGGCCAACACUUGCACACUUUAACACAAGGACAUUUGAAGAACAUGGUUAUUUUGUUUCUGCUGUCACGAGCGUUAUGGAGUACGGGCCGGGUCUGUCUGCAUUGUGUAUUCAAGUUGUGAGGCAUACCCUUUUAUUCAAUAUAUAUAUUCUUUACUUGAACGGCUGAGCCCAACCUACUUUUUUUCUAUGCGUUAAUUCAAGGUUGAAACCCCUACAGAAUUUAAUUUGAUAUAAUUUAGGCACGUUGGCAUAGCUG